AUGACAUCAGUUCCACCUAGACAGUCUUGGUGGAACUCGAAGAAGACUGUAAAAAUUAUAAGACCUUAUCCAACCUUCCCUUCCUUGAAUGCCUGGGAAAAAUUCAGGGGCCUCUUGCCUGUGGAAGGGGAGCCGAACCCUGGAGUGGGCCUAGGAGUGGAGGAAGGACUGCUCUGCCAGAUGGUUCGUUCUCCAGAAUUCAACCUGUUUCCUAACUCUGUGGUGUUUGAAAGCAACUUUGUCCAGGUCAGAAGGGGGAGCAGAAACUGGAAAGAAAUCUACAAAGCCUCCAACACAAUGGCCCUUGGGGUGACCUCCUCCGUGCCUUGCCUACCCCUUCCAAACAUCCUCCUUAUGGCCAGAGUCAAAUGGCAUCAGGGGCAAAGCCAGACAUGGAACAGACCAUCCACAGCCCCGAGCAUCAUCCUGAAGAGUAUUCUUCCUUUGAAGUUUGUGGAGCUUCAGAUCUGUGACCACCAUGAACGCAUCCUGAGGUUGAGGACAGUCACCGAGAAGAUCUACUUCCUAAAGCUCCACCCUGACCACCCUGAGACUGUCUUCCUCUUUUGGAUCCGCCUAGUUCAAAUUCUCCAGAAGGGUCUGUCCAUCACCACCAAGGACCCUAGCAUUCUGGUCACUCACUGCCUGGUACCCAAGAGCCUCUGCAGCCCAUGUGGAAGGUCCGAGUUAGUGCCGAAGAAACCUCAAGGUCCCCGGCCCAGCGAGAGCCUCAUGCAGCUGAUGGCCAAGGGGGAGAGUGAGGCCCUCUCUCAGAUCUUUGCCGAUUUGCAUCAGCGGAAACAGUACAGGAGGAGCAAGAAGAUUCAGAUCAACAAGACCAACGCAGGGAAAGCUACUCCCAGUGAAGACAGUGUCCCCUGUACUCGCGAUCUCAGCUGGAGGGAUGCGCUGACUUACGGAGAGUGGGAAAGAGAGAACCCCUCUGGGCCACAGCCCCUCUCACUCCUCGGCACUCUGGCUGCCUCCAGCAGGCCUCGGCUGUCCCUGACUGGAGGUACGGUGGUCAGAAACAGGACUGUGUCCUAG